AUGACUAGAAAGCACUCCUCAACUCAAGGCCUCGACAUGCCCUGGGCCUCCCAAAUGUCCGCCCAGCUCCCCAACCCAUUCCAGCCCGUACCUGCAGCUCAGCCCGUCCGAGCUCAGGCACCAACCGCGGACGAGCCCGUCCGACCCGAAGACUACUCAAAGCCAUACUGCGAGUUUAUGACAUCCAACCCUACAAUCUUCCACGCCGUCAAAUCCUUCUCUAAGCAACUCGAAGACCACGGCUACAAGUACCUCUCCGAACGAGCGGUGUGGACAUCAGAGCUCAAGCGCGGCGGAAAGUUCUACACCUCCCGCAACGGUAGCUCUCUGAUCGCCUUCAAUGUGGGCUCAGAAUACGAGAGUGGAAAUGGUGUCGCUAUCGUCGCCGGCCACGUUGAUGCCUUAACAGCCAAGCUGAAGCCUGUUUCCAAGGUUCCCAACAAGGCGGGCUUUGAGCAACUUGGCGUCGCCCCGUAUGCUGGUGGCCUCGGUCCUACUUGGUGGGAUCGUGACCUUGGCAUCGGUGGUCGCGUCCUCGUUCGUGAUCCCGAGACCGGAAAGGUCGAGACUAAGUUGGUCAAGCUGGACUGGCCCAUUGCCCGCGUGCCUACUCUCGCACCCCACUUUGGUGCUCCUGCAAAUGGCCCAUUCAACCCGGAGACUCAAAUGGUCCCGGUUGUUGGAAUUGAUAACUCGGAUCUUUUCGGCGCUGCUAAGACCGAAUCGAGCGGCAUUCAGUUUGGCAAGUUUGCUUCAACCCAGCCCGAGAAGCUUGUGAAGAUAAUUUCCAAGGAGCUCGGAAUCACCGACUACAGCACCAUUGUGAAUUGGGAACUGGAGCUGUUUGAUACCCAGCCCGCUCAGCUCGGUGGGCUGGAGAAGGAUAUGAUUUUCGCCGGUCGUAUUGACGACAAGCUCUGCUGCUAUGCCGCGCAGGAGGCUCUCAUUGCUUCUUCCGACAGCACUUCAACCGGGACGGUAAAGAUGGUUGGCAUGUUUGAUGAUGAAGAGAUUGGCAGUCUGCUUCGCCAGGGUGCUCGGUCCAACUUCAUGAGCAGCAUUAUUGAGCGAAUCACUGAAGCAUUUGCUAAAGAUAACUACGGGCCCAACCUUCUGUCGCAGACGGUUGCCAACAGCUUCUUGGUGUCGUCAGAUGUCAUCCACGCGGUUAACCCUAACUUCCUUAAUGUGUACCUGGAGAACCACUCGCCCCGUCUGAAUGUCGGUGUCGCAGUGUCUGCUGAUUCUAACGGACACAUGACUACCGACAGCGUUAGCUCUGCUAUCAUGAGCCGUAUUGCCGAUCGCGUCGGAUCAACUCUGCAGGUCUUCCAGAUCCGCAAUGAUUCUCGCAGUGGUGGCACCAUCGGACCUAUGACCAGUGCCCAGAUUGGUAUGAGGGCCAUUGAUUGCGGCAUCCCGCAACUCAGCAUGCACAGCAUUCGUGCUACCACCGGAAGCCUUGACCCCGGUCUGGGUGUCAAGUUGUUCAAGGGAUUCUUCGAUCACUACGAGGCAGUCGACAAGGAGUUUGCUGACUUCUAA